CGGCAUUCUCCACCAGCGCAUCGCAUCUGUGCCUCCUCGUGCGCAUGUAGCCAUCGUCUGGCCACGGCGUCUGCGACAUACUGGAGCAUACUUAGCGCUACGACAUGGCAGAGAUCGGAACCAUAGCGACAGCGACGACCAUAGACUCACUACUACCCACGAACAACGCUCUUUGACUCGAGAGGAGCAUCUUGGAUCUUUUGGAAUAGCGACCCAUCAGGAGACACAUACAAGGGGAGACCGUGUCAAAGACACUGUCAGGCGCAUCAUGGCUGCGGUCGCACAUCCUUCGCGACCAGCUUUCCGCAGAAACUCGCCCUUGUCGGGAUUUGGACCCAAUGGCUUCUCUGCCGAUGCGCCCAUGAUCAAGCGCAUUGACGUGGGAGACGACAGCGAUUCCGACGACGAGCCUCCGCCUGCGAUCAAGUUUUCCAAAGUCACGCAGGCACUACUGGCAGAUGCAGGCGUGCCAUCUUCUCCACCGCGCCAGGCGCCAGCAGGUGCGAUGCCGCGCUACAACCGAUCCACAAGCGCUGGAACAGCCGGACUGGACACUCCUAGUAGGGUGCCUGGUCUCAAGGUCGUACGGCGCAGCCCUCCUCCUGGUAGUCACGAUCAAAAGGAUCGAGGCACGCCACUGCGAGUGGUGCAUCUGGGCGCGAAAGGGCCGGCCUCUGCGAAAAGAUCUAUCAGCAUUUCAGGACCAUAUCCCAAUCGUGGGAUGAAACGAGAUCCCACGCCCGAGACGAACGUCAGGCCGGAAGUUGUGACACCUGCCCCCGCACCGCGUGCCAUCCGCGUGGUGACCCGAUCUCGAGCGGGGAGCAACGCUUCGCAGGACGAGCCUGCACAUAUGGUAUCCUCUUAUAGCAGACCUGGUUCACGUAAUGACACGAGAGCGGCGCCGGACACGAACGAAAGAACGAAUUAUAGAUCAGAGCUAGCACGCAGCACUUCUGCACAAUAUGUGCCCGAAACUGUAUCCAGAUAUGGGACCUCUACAGCGGCUAGAUCACGGAAUGCGUCCGCUGAGAGCGCAGCCCCUCCUGGGUCGCAACGGGUGAAAAGGGCGCCCAUGACGGGCUCUUUCCUGAAGAGUGGCCCAAUCCGGCGGGGCUUCAAACGAAGGGACAGCGAAGAGAACAACUCCGCCAACGAUGAAGGACCGCACGGCUCGUCCUCCCAACCAAGCGCUUCCUCAUAUACGCCGCAGGACAGGAGCAUGUCUCAGCUCGAUGGUGCGCGAAGUCGAAGUGGGAGCGUGAACACCCGCGCAACCUCAGUGGAACCAGUGUCGAUACAUGACUUUGCGCAUCGGAGUCAAUCAUCGCAGCAUUCACGGCCACCAUCACGACAAGCAGAAUCUCGUCUCUCCAGGAGCCAGACGCGUAGCGACUCGAAGCCUCCCUCGCGUCAGACGAGCCGAGAACCAUCGCAUAAUCGGCAACCUAGCGCUGAGCGACACCAAGUACGACGGCAACCCAGUAGCCAACAAAUGACUGGUUCUGCACUGGCCAGUCAGCAGCAACGACGACCAAGUAUUGGACAGGGCCACAUGGACUCAGCAGCGGAGCAGAGCCACCACCAACGCAUGGCCAGCUAUGCGCGUACCAAUUAUCGAUACGAUCCGCCCAAAGUACACACUGAUGCAUACGAGGACCAAGAGAACAUGCCACCUCCCACUUUCCGACGCAACAAAGACCAGGAGUUCAAAUAUCUGGGCAAACCUACAAUGUCAGUGAUGUCAGACGACGAGAAGUUGGAUCGCCGACAUGUUGAAGAAACGCCUGUCAUUGUGUCUCAGCAGGAGCCUCGGAGAGCUUUGGGCGCUAUCAGUGGCAACACACCGCAUCGAGCAGCUCCUGCACCUCCACCGAAAAUGAGUGUUCUCGAUGCUGCUACUGCCAGGGCGGGUGCCAGCACGACCAAGACUCGCAAGAAGCGCACUCACAUUGUUGUCAAAGGCAAAAUUUUCACGCAAAUGGGCAGGAUUGGUAAGGGCGGUUCCAGCGAAGUUUACUGCGUAAUGGCAGAAAACUACAAGACGUUUGCGUUGAAGCGUGUGAAGCUUGAAGAUUGUGACGAGACGGCGGUUCGAGGCUACAAAGGCGAGAUCGACUUACUGAAGAAACUGACCGAUGUUGAACGCGUGGUCCGACUCUACGAUUGGGAGCUGAAUGACGAGAAGAAGGAGCUCCUGGUCCUCAUGGAGAAAGGCGACACUGACUUUAAUCGCAUCUUGACGCUUCGGCUGAAUGGCACGGACGCUCGAUUCGAUAGUGUCUUCACGAGAUACCACUGGAAGGAGAUGUUGGAGUGCGUUCAGGCCGUUCACGACUACGACAUUGUCCAUUCCGAUCUUAAGCCCGCCAACUUCCUGCUAGUACAAGGACGUCUCAAAUUGAUCGACUUUGGCAUAGCGAAUGCAAUCGACACUGACAAUACCGUCAAUGUACACAGAGACUCCCACGUGGGCACACCGAAUUACAUGUCGCCCGAAAGCAUCACGGACACCAACGCGACUGGUAAAGACGACGCUGGACGACCCCUGAAGAAGGAUAUGCGCAUUGGUAAAGCAUCCGAUGUCUGGAGUCUCGGCUGCAUUCUCUACCAAAUGGCUUAUGGCCGGCCCCCUUUCGCCCACAUUGGGAACCAAAUUUCCCGAAUCAUGGCGAUUACGAAUCCUCGACAUGUCAUCGAAUUUCCCGAAAUCGGUGUCGGUGACGUUCCCAUCCCAUCGACGUUACGAGGUAUCUUACGGAGGUGCUUGAAUCGCGACCCCGACAAGAGGCCUUUGAUUAAGGAUAUGCUUGGAGAAGCUGAUAGUUACCUGAACCCCGAGGGCAUGGGCAAUGCAGUCUUGAUGGACGAGGCCCUGUUGGGACAGAUUAUCAACAAAGUCUUGGAUCGUUGUCGGGAUCCUGGGAGGGGAGUUCCUAGCCCGGAUGAGGCCAUGUUGUAUCCGAAAAGUUUCAUGAUGAAAAUCAGGGAGAUGCAGGAAGGGAGGUAAUUCAGAUGGAUUGUCGAGAUGCGUGAAAGGGGGAUAUAAUAUUGGAAUGAGCAUUCUUUGUGGGGACUUUUUUUUGAAACUUGUUAAACCAACCAAGCACAACACGC